AUUAUUAUCAUAAGAAGUACUUGAGUUCAAUCUUUCAUUGGUUUAUCUGUUUUAUUCAUAUACAGAAUCGAACUCGGAACUGCGUUGUAAUGGGAAACAAAACAAGCAGAAAGUCAAAGGAGAAAUCGGGUAGGAACUACACAACGGAACUGAGAUCGUACGAGGCUGCAUGUAAAGAAGACAUGGAGAUUCAGUCUUUCGACACACGUAUGCAGGCACGGACGAGUCACGUGAUAAGCACGCUAGCUACAGGCGUCGAGGUUCGAUCGCUCUCGUUUGAUUCCCUGAAAGCAGUGAUUGGGAGUUUACUGGACAUGAACCAAGAAGUGGCCAAAGUGAUCUUGGAUUGCAAGAAAGACAUUUGGAAGAAUCAAGAAAUGUUUGAGUUCGUCGAAGCUUACUUUGAGACUAGCUUGAAGACGCUCGACUUCUUUAAUGCUUUGAAGAGAGGCCUGCAAGGAGUACAAAUUAAUCACCUUUUCAUUCUUGAUGGGAACGGAUACAAGAAGACACUUCAAGAGCUGAAGAGGUUCAAAGACGCAGACAGACCUUUCGACCAAGACUUCUUCAAGAUGUUCCAAUCUGUUUACAACCAGCAGAAGUGGAUGCUCGAUAAGCUUCAGCGUCGUCAAAACAAGCUCGACAAGAAGCUCAAGCGCAUUCGCACAUGGCGAAAACUCUCCAGCAUCAUCUUCAUGGCUACCUUUGCCACUCUGGUCAUCUGCUCUGUUCUCGCUGCAACUAUGGCGGCUCCUCAUGUGGCUGCGGCUCUCGCUGCAGCUACACCCCCAGUGGGAUCUAUGGGGAAAUGGAUCGACUCGCUGUGGAAGAACUAUGAGAAUGAAAUCAAAGGGCAGACAGAGGUGUUCAGUUCGAUGUAUGUAGGGACAUAUGUGGCGGUUCAGGAUUUAAAUAAUAUCAAGGAUUUGAUUAAACGGUUGGAUACUGAGAUCAGGGGGAUGGUGAAGAAUGCGGAAUAUGCGGGGGAGCUUGGUCCAGUCAAGAUUGGGAUCAAUGCGAUUAAGACGCAGCUUGAGGUGUUUAAGAAGAACGUAGAGGAAUUGGAGAUCCAGGCUGAUAUGUGUAGCACCGAUAUUAGAAGGGCAAGGACUGUGAUUCUCCAGAGGAUUAUUAAUGCUACUUGCAGCACCUGAAGAAAGCACAAAAGGAACU